AUGACAUCCACCAUAACCACCGCUCAUUCGGCCUCAUCGCCUGCGAAAUCCAAGAAGGAUAGGGUUCGCGGAGAGAAGGGAAAGGAUAAAGAACGAAAAGAUAAAAUUCCUCAGCAUGAGGAAAGGUUGAAGACAAUCGUCCGAAAGCUUCCUCCCAAUCUACCAGAAGAGAUCUUUUGGCAGAGUGUACAAACUUGGGUAACAGACGAGACUGUCUCGUGGAAGAUAUACUACCCAGGAAAAUUUCGACGUCGGUUGAAUAAAGAGAACGUACCUUCGCGCGCGUACAUCCUCUUCAAAAAUGAAGAACAAUUGGCCCUUUUUAGCAAAGAGUACGAUGGACACUUGUUCAGGGAUAAAUCAGGAAACGAAGCGCAUGCUGUCGUGGAAUUUGCGCCGUAUCAGAAGGUACCGCCCGAAAAGAAGAAGUUAGAUCCUCGCAAUGGAACGAUUGAGAAAGACGAGAACUAUAUCUCAUUCAUUGAAUCCCUGACUGCAUCUGCGAACCGCGAACCUGUAUCUAUUGAAACACUCAUCGCGUCUACUCAACCAGUCCCGCAACCCAAGACAACACCACUUCUUGAAGCACUAAAGGCGGAGAAGAACGCUAUCAAAGAGAAAGCUGCGGUCAAAGAAAAAGCCAGUCGAAAAGAAGAUGCAGGCAAGAAGAAAGGUGGAAAGACAGGCAUCGAUCCUUCGGCAUCAUCAUCUGCCCCUCCUCCUUCGAGUAAGAAGGCUCUUAACAAGAAAGCUGUGUCGAAUGCCAAUAACACAUCCACUCCCACAGCAGGCGGUCCUGCUGCCAAGUCUGGUGCCUCACGACAACAAUUAUCCCAGCCCCAAACCCGCACUCAACCUUCGGUCCAACCUCCAACCAAAUUACUAACACAUAAUCCACCAGUAGCACCUUCAAAUCCCGAAUCUCAAUCCAAAACGGACCCAUCUUCCUCGACUGCUCCGACCCCUGCUCCUCGUUUGGCUUCUCGUCAGUUCGAAGCCGCUUUGAGUGGGGCCGGUGUUAACGCAGCAGAACGAAAGUCCCGCAAAGAGCGAGAGAAAGAACGAGAAGCAGCCGCGGUGAACAAGGAUAAAGAACACGGUCCUCAAGAACAAGCACUUGCAUUAGUAAUUGGGAAAGAUGCACCGUCCAUUUCCACUAAUAUCCCAACUACCAAUACGAACAACACGCUCGUUUCCUCAGGCUCAAAACCUCCCUCUCCAAAACGUGAUCGCGGUGGUUCCAAACGUAAAAACAGCGUUAGCAGCAAUAGUGGGACCCCGAUAGCUACUACUCCCAAGGUGCCCAGCAUACUGCAGCGUGCUGUAAUAGCAGAUGUUUCGACUGGGUCAAUACCACCAGUAAUACCGCCACGUGGAGGUGAUGAAUCUGUGUCAGGACCAAGUCCUUCUGUUGAAGCUGGCUCUGGCAUCCGUGGUGGAAGGCGGGGUCGAGGUCGUGGGGCACGCGGCGCUUUAAAUUCCACUACUCCUGCGCGAUCUGGCUGA